GACACCGCCAUGGAUCCAGAUAAGAUGGCUUCGACUGGUGGUUGUUCCUCCCCAUCCCCUCCGCCAGCCUCCACCCAGGGCCCAGCUGCUACUGCUGCUAGGAUGACCUCUACUGGUGGUCGUCGUUCCUCACCAGCGCCACCUGCUGCUGAGGAGGACGUCCUGGACUGGCUGUCCAGCCUGCACCUGCCCCAGUAUGCUCCUCUCUUCACCCAGGCCGGCCUCCUCCGCCUGGGGGACCUCCGGGGGCUGACUGCGGAGAAGCUCCAAGAGGUAGCAGACUUCCCCACAGGCCACCGCAGACGCAUGCUGAGGAGCCUGGAGGCACUGGGGCUGGAUAGAGACCUGGAGGAGGAGGAGGAGAGAGGAGGGAGGAAAAACAGAGGGAGGGAGAUGGAGACGGACAUGGCGAUGGCUGCAUCCGUGAUGAUGGGACUGAGAGAAGGGGCAGAGGAGACCGCCUCAGCCUCAGCCUCAGCCUCGUUGUCCUCGUCCUCGUGUCCCCCGGUCAAGAAGAAGCCCCUGCCCAGGCCGAGACACGUCUUCCUGAAGGACCGCAAGCGGGGCACCUCCUGCCUGCACCCCCAGACCUCCACCAUGGCAGGGGGGGCGCGGGCCUCAGGGGCGGCGGCGCUGGCACCAGGAAGCACCAUGACACUCCCGGCCAGGAGAUCACCGGCGGCUGCGGCGCACGUUGAUGAUGCGUGCUACUCUGCCUCAGGCUCCGCUGCGGCGGCGGCUUACUCCAUGAGCUUACCCAGGGUGCCACGGCGACCGAGGAAGCGUCGUGAUUCGCCCUCGAUUUCUGGAUCCGCCUCCGGCUCCGGCUCUGCAAACAGCAGCAGCUGUGAUUCGCUGUCCGUCUCCUCCCACUCGCUUCCCUCCGAUGUGGAGAACGUUUCAGAUAAGCCUGUUGUUGCUCCUCGCCCCACCUCCCGUUCCCCCACACUCGAAGCUCCUCAUUCGCUAGUGGACUGUCCAUCAUCCCAUAACCCCACCCCUUUGUCAGACCCUGAGACAGAAUACGAUGACGUCGGUCAGUUGUCCCUAAGUCCCACCCAUAUGCCAGACUCUUGUCCCUCAUUGGGCGAUGGAGCAGGGGGAGAGGAUAUGCUAAUGGUGGAUAAUGACAUCUAUGAGAUGGGUUCUGACCAUCCUGAGCCCCCAUUGGCUAAGAAGACCCCGCUAGGUCCCAGGAACACGCGCUCCUAUAGACUGAAGCACAGGCCUGUCCCAGAGCUUCCAGCCCAGGCGUUUGCUCCUCCUCAGCAUAACUGGAACGAGAGUGGCAAAACCACGGAAGCAUCAGCUGAACCGAUUGCUGCUAGUGAGAACACCAGCCAGAAAAAAGGUCCAUUGGAGAGGACGGUGUCCGUCAUCACCCCCUAUGGUGAGGUGUUCCUCUACAACAACUCAAGAAACACACCGGAUGGAGGUGACAAGGGGCAGGUGGUCGCGGAGAUGAAGGAGAAACUGAAGCAGAAGAAAAUACGCAAGAAGCAGGCCAAACAGAAAGAGCGUGAGAGACAGGACCCCAAGUCUCCACCCAAGGUGUCCCCACAUCCAGUCCUGGCAGCAUCGACAAGUACCCAUGACGACCAACACCACGACAACAGGAACCAUGGCAACGAAUCGGAAUACGGAGACUACUCUCUGGUCCAGCAUCACCUGGAGCCCCCACAGCAGCCUGGAGCUGACCGCAGCGGCCAGCGCUCCCCCCGCGCACCCUCCCCUUGCCCACCGUCCAGUCCGCCUGCCGAGGUGAUCUCUUCUGUGGCGGUGGGAGUCGGGGCAACAGCGCCUGGGACUGUGCCUGUGACUGAGACUGUGACUGGGACUGUAACUGUGCCGGUGACCACAGCCACCACUACCAUUGUUGAUGACGAUGGCAACGAGGUGUACGAGGUGUACACGGAGCCGAGUGACGUCCUGUGCGGGCCGCCACCCAGGACCAAGGCUGCUGCGGUGGAGGAUGACCCGGACAUCUCCCCUUACGCCUGCUUCUACGGAGCCCCCAGGGCCGCCCUCAAGUCCGGCUGGCUCGACAAGCUUUCGCCACAAGGGAACCGUGUGUUUCAGAAGAGGUGGGUGAAGUUUGACGGAGACAGCCUCACAUACUACAACAACGACAAGGAGAUGUACUCUAAGGGUCUGAUUCCCCUCUCUGCGGUGAAGCAUGUGCGAGCACUGGGUGAUAAUCGUCUGGAGGUCGUCACGUGUCUGCGCACCUUCGUCUUCCGUGCUGAGCGAGAGGCUGAGCGUCAGGAGUGGUUGUCAGUGCUCCAGGAGGCGUUGUCCUCUCAGCCGUCCUCGGCUGCCCCGCCACAGCGCCCCCCUCUGUGCUCCACUGGCCGCUGCGGGCCCCUGGAGCUACGGGGCCACAAGGGCCGUGUCUAUGUAUGUCUGCUGGGGACCUGCGUCCGGCUGUGCAAGACAGAACAGGACUUCAAUGCUGGCUUGGCGAUUGCUGUGGUGGAGCUGACCUCAGCCAGUGUGAAGCACGUGGAGAAGAGGGCCUUUGAGAUCAACACGCCAUUCAAAACUUUCUGCUUCACUGCAGAUUCGGAGCAGGAGCGUGACGAGUGGGUGGAGGGGGUGCAGGAGUGUAUCGUGGAGACGCUGUCCGACUACGAGGUGGCCGAGAAGAUCUGGUACAACGAGGCCAACCGCAACUGUGCCGACUGCCGCGCGCCCAACCCUGAGUGGGCCUCCAUCAACCUGGUGGUGGUCAUAUGCAAGAAGUGUGCAGCUCAGCAUCGUUUCCUGGGCCCCGGUAUCUCCCAAGUGCGGAGCAUGAAGCUGGACAGCAGCAUCUGGAGCAACGAACUGGUGGAGUUGUUCCUGGAGGUGGGUAACAGGAAUGCCAACAGCUUCUGGGCGUGCUCUCUGCCCCCGGAGGAGGAGCUUCACAUGGGGGCGUCUGCGGAGCAGCGGGCCACCUUCCACCGCAGGAAGUACCGCGAGAGGAAGUACCGGCGGCCCCUCGACACCGCGCUCAACACACAGGACGACCUCAACAAGGCCCUGUGUGUGGCGGUGGUCCUGCCUGACGUGCUGCGGUCCAUGGCCCUGCUCUUCAGUGGAGCCGACCCCAUGUGUGCCACCGGAGACCCCAGCCCCAGCCACUCCACCCCCUACCAGCUGGCACAGAGGGCCGGCCAGAGGCUGCAGAUGGAGUUUCUCUACCACAACAAGCACUCAGACUUCCCCAAGUUAGAGCAGGUGAGUGAGGGUCGUUGCCCGGGCGACAUCCCCCUGUUCAUGGAUGGUUUCCUGUAUUGCUCCUCAACCACCGCCUCCAAGGCUAUGCAGGACAGGAGAGCCCGCGAUGACAUGGUGCGGCGCUGGUGCACGCUGGAGGGCGGCUUCCUGAGUUACUACGACAACGAGAAGAUCGCCACGGCAACGGGCCGCGUGGAGAUCAGCGAGGUGAUGAGCCUGACCCUCAACCACCAGGAGACCAUGACUGGAGCUGGGGCGGUGUUUACGUUUGAGAUGUUCCUGCCGUCGGAGAAGGUGCUGGUGUUCGGAGCAGAGACAGCUGAGACGCACCGGGACUGGACCCGCGCCGUGUCUAAGUGCUUCCUGCCUGCUGAGGCCGACUCCAUCCUGAGGCAUGACUGUGAGCUGAUUGGCCGGCUGUUCUAUAAGGAAGGUCACGACCUCUACCACUGGCGCGUGGGCUGGUUCGGCCUGGAGGGCUCUGACCUCUACUUCUGCUGCCCCGAGGGCACGGCGGGGGCAGGGGCAGAGGAGGGCACGCUGCAGCUCAGAAGGCUUCAGGAGAUCACGGUGUCAACACAUGUGGAAGGUGAGGAGAGGAUCCAGGUGCUGCUCAUGGUGGAGGGCGGAAGGACGGUGUAUAUCCAUGGCCACUCCCGUGUGGACUUCUCCCUGUGGCACUCAGCCAUACAGCAGGCGGCUGGGACAGACGGACGGGCGCUAGGCAACCAGCAGCUCAGCAAGAACGACGUCCCCAUCGCCGUGGACAGCUGCAUCGCCUUCGUCACACAAUAUGGCCUGUGCUAUGAGGGCAUCUACCAGAAGAGUGGCGAUGCGGCGAGGGUGGCCCAGCUCCUGGAGGACUUCAGGCGGGACGCCCGCAACGUGAAGCUGCGCGCCCAGGAGCACCUGCUGGAGGACGUCACCGACACCCUGAAGGCCUUCCUGGCCCAGUGCGAAGAUGCCCUACUGGCCAAGGAGCUGUACCCGUAUUGGGUAUCUGCCCUGGAUGAGGAGGAUGAAGAGACUCGUGUACAGAAAUACUCGACGUUCAUCAGGAGUCUGCCCCCAAUCAACCGUGCCACCCUACAGGCCCUCCUAGAGCACCUCUACAGGAUCCAGCGUUGUUCUCCUAUGAAUCACAUGAGUGUGGAGCGGCUGGCGUGCGUGUUGUCCCCCUGCCUCUUCCAGACCGAGGGCCAGAAGGAGCAGGAGGCCCACGUGGUACAGGACCUCAUCAGCAACUAUGUACAGCUCUUCGCCGUCAAUGAAGAGCAGGUCAAGCAAAUGGAGAGAGAGAACAGCUUCAUCACACGCUGGAAGGACACCACGCAGUUUUCUCCUGCUGGAGAUCUAAUCUUUGAAGUUUACCUGGAAAAAAAGGAUUCCGAAACCUGCUGCAUAGUCAAGGUAUCUCCCACAAUGCAAUCUGCCGAGCUGGCCAGCUGCACGCUGGGCAUGAAAGGCCUGAAGGGGACGGACGAGGAGCUCUGGACCACCUAUGAGGUGCUGGACAAUGGAGAACUAGAGCGGCCGCUGCACUACAGGGAGAAGGUGCUGGAGCAGGUGCUGGAGUGGAGCUCUCUGGAAGACCCUGGCUCCGCCUUCCUGCUCCUCAAAAAGUUCCCCGGCACCAAAAUGAGCCCUGCCAAUGCAGAGCGCCUUAAGGACUGCAUGAAGGGGGAGCAGGUGAAGUUCAAAGAUGGCUCCUCCAAACUGCUCUCGGCCAACAAGUUCCAGGAGCGCUACCUGAUGCUCCGAGACAAGAAGCUGGUCAUCUUCAAAGAUAUGAAAAGCACUAAGGCGGAACGAGAGGUGCCCUUGAAAUCGGUGAAAUGCUACCUUGGGGUGAAGAAGAAGGUCAAGCCUCCAAACAGUUGGGGCUUCACGGUGUUUACGGAAAAACAGCAAUGGUACUUCUGCUGUGACACCAAGGAGUCUCCACUGGACUGGGUCACCUGUAUUAUCCGGUCAAAGUUCGGCAGUGACCUGUGGCCAAAGGAGGGGAUGGAAUGGGGCUCUGCUUUCCCCUCUGUGGUCCGCCAGAGGACCGUGUCAGCCGUCUGCCGAGGGGCCACCCCAACGCUGCCCAGAAGAGUACCAGAGGCUAAGCGAAAGUCAUCCCUGAACAUCUAUGGCGACGACGUGAACCCCAGCGGUGCAAUAGGAACGCUUCACCAGCGCAACGCAGCUCUCAUAGCCAAGACCCUGAAGAAGAAGGAACUGCCGAGUGUUCCUGAUGCCAGAGCUCAAACGACAACGACAACGACCCAAAGGACAAAUCAACCCCACCAGAGGCACAAUAUGGCCGCCCAGGGAACAACAAACCUCAAACCUAAAAGUCCUUCCACUGCCAGUCACCAGCCAGGUAUCACUCAAAGAACAACCAAAGAGCGAGUGGCCGCCAUAAACAAAGACAGGCCACUGGAGGCAAAGCAAAAUGUUGCUCCGGUUGGUGCUCACCGCAUUUCCCCCGGUGGUCUGGUGACUUCACCAGGGGCAAUGGCUCCAGGCCUGGCCCAGCAGAAGAGGCCUAUGCUGGGGGGAGGAGGAGGUCAGCUUCCCCCGAACCUCCUCAGCGAACUCAGCACGGUCCUCAGCAAAACAGGACGCAGUGCCAAGAGCGACAGCUGAGUGUGUAGUUAUGUACCAGGGCUGCACUGGGGAGAGAAAUAGGGCCCGGGCACUUUUGGCUGAAAGGGGCCCCUCGUAAUUAGCGGCGCAGAACUGAGUCCAUUUUUUUAAAACAUUUGAAGAGUUCAGAUGCAAAACCCCCUAAGUGCCUUUUCAGAAAAUAAUCUUAAUUCAUUUUUAUUUAAUACAAAGCUAUUAAAAUUGCUUAUUUUUAUAUUUUAUUUAUAUAAUAUAACUAUUUAUAUGUAUUAUCAAGUACAUAAAUGUAAACCAAACCAACAACGGGGUUCUCUAAAAAUAUAGAAGUGCAGGUUUUCAGAAAUGGAGUUAGGGGGUUUUGCAUCUGAACUCUUCAUUUCUAAAAAUAGGGGCCCACUAGGGUGCAGGGCCCAUCGGGAAUUGCCCGCUAUGCCAUAUGGCCAGUCCAGCCCUUUUAAGUACUGUAUGUAAACAAAUGCCUGAGUGAGCCGUUGAGUGUCUGCUUUUUAUUCUUGAAAAACCAAACUACAUUCAAAUAUUGCCAAAGGUACGUAAUAGUUUAUCUUUUAAUGUUUUUUCAAUAAAGUGUUAUUUAUGUAGUCCAAAAAUAUUUUUUUAAUACUUUUUGUAUGUUCUUUAAUUUUAUUUCUUUUUUAUAUAUCAAUUACCUGUGAUGUACUGUAUAUGUUAUUUUAUAAAACAUGUAUUACCCUUGCUACAAGCUCUGA